AAUGGAAGUAGCUCCUAGAUUUUUGUUACUGCUGUGCGGUCUUUGCGUUUCUCUGGCGACUGACUGGGAGACUGUGGACACAAGUUUUACUGACCUCGGAGAUGAAAUCGAUUACAAGGAUCCAUGUAAAGCUGCUGCCUUUUUGGGAGACAUCGCACUGGAUGAAGAUAACCUUCGUUUGUUCAAAUGGGCACACAACAGUGAUGAAGUACUGCACGAAAAUUCCAUGAACUUCCUAUUUUAUUCUACAGAUAACAGUUCCACUUCCAAUGAAAACAAAAGGAGCAAGAGAGCUGCUGACAGACAGAGCCCCCGUCGUCAGAGGAGAGCAGCCACUGCCAAACCUGAGCGGGUAUGGCCUGAUGGUAUCAUCCCCUAUGUGAUCAGUGGAAAUUUCAGUGGCAGUCAGCGAGCCAUUUUCCGUCAGGCGAUGCGUCACUGGGAGAAACACACUUGUGUAACGUUCCUUGAAAGGACGACUGAAGAAAGCUACAUUGUUUUCACUUACAGACCUUGUGGGUGUUGCUCCUAUGUGGGGAGGAGAGGUGGCGGCCCUCAGGCUAUCUCUAUAGGAAAAAACUGUGACAAGUUUGGCAUCGUGGUGCAUGAACUUGGCCACGUGAUUGGCUUCUGGCAUGAACACACACGUCCGGACCGUGAUGAGCAUGUAAGCAUCAUCAGGGACAACAUUCAACAAGGGCAGGAGUAUAACUUCCUGAAGAUGGAACCAGGUGAGGUUGACUCACUAGGAGAGGUAUAUGACUUUGGCAGCAUCAUGCAUUACGCAAGGAAUACAUUUUCCAGAGGCAUCUUCUUAGACACAAUCUUGCCCCGUUAUGAUGUCAAUGGAGUCAGGCCAACUAUUGGACAGAGGACCAGGCUCAGUAAAGGAGACAUUGCACAAGCCUGCAAACUCUACAAAUGUGCAAGGUGUGGGGACAGCCUGCAGGACAGUGCUGGAAACUUCUCUUCCCCUGGUUUUCCCAAUGGAUACUCGGCAUAUACUCACUGUGUCUGGAGGAUUUCUGUCACUCCUGGAGAAAAGAUUGUUCUGAAUUUUACUUCCAUGGACCUCUUCAGGAGUCACUUGUGCUGGUACGACCACGUCGAGGUCCGAGAUGGGUUCUGGCGGAAGGCUCCGCUGAAAGGGCGUUUUUGCGGCGACACACUUCCAGCUCAGAUUAUCUCAACCGACAGCCGACUGUGGAUUGAAUUCAGGAGCAGCAGCAGCUGGGUGGGCAAAGGAUUUUCAGCUAUUUAUGAAGCCAUCUGUGGAGGAGAGGUGAAGCGGGACAGCGGCCAGAUCCAGUCGUCUAAUUAUCCUGAUGAAUACCAGUCCAACAAAGAGUGUGUGUGGAAAAUCACAGUUGCAGAGGGUUUUGAUGUUGGCCUCUCCUUUCAGUCAUUUGAGAUUGAGAAACAUGACAGUUGUGCCUACGACUACGUGGAAGUGAGAGAUGGCGCUUCAGAGAGCAGCCCGCUGCUCGGACGCUUCUGUGGGUACGACAAACCAGGCGACAUCAAAAGCAGCUCCAACCAGCUCUGGCUCAAGUUUGCGUCUGAUGGAUCAGUCAACAAAGCUGGGUUUGCGGCUAACUUUUUUAAAGAGAUGGAUGAGUGCUCCAGACCUGACAAUGGUAAUUGCGAGCAGCGCUGUCUGAACACGCUGGGUAGCUACAGAUGUGCUUGUGACCCUGGAUAUGAGCUGGCAGCCAACAGGCACACCUGUGAGACUGCCUGUGGCGGAUUCAUCACCAAGCUGAAUGGCUCCAUCACCACCCCCGGCUGGCCCAAAGAAUACCCACCCAACAAGAACUGCGUCUGGCAGCUGGUGGCACCCAUUCAGUAUCGUAUCACCCUGGUGUUUGAUGUCUUUGAAACAGAGGGGAAUGAUGUGUGUAAAUAUGAUUUUGUGGAAGUGCGCAGUGGGUUGAGCUCAGACUCGAAGCUUCAUGGCAAAUUUUGUGGAGCAGAGAAACCAGAGGUCAUCACCUCCCAGCAGAACAACAUGAGGAUCGAGUUCAAGUCUGAUAACACUGUCUCCAAGAGGGGCUUCAAGGCUCACUACUUCUCUGAUAUAGACGAGUGCUCCAAAGGUAACGGAGGCUGCCAACAUGAAUGUGUAAACACUUUCGGAAGCUACAGCUGUCAGUGCCGCAGCGGCUUCAUGCUGCACGACAACAGACAUGACUGCAAGGAAGCGGGAUGUGAUCAUGUGAUAAAUAGUGUGUCAGGAACCAUCGCCAGUCCCAACUGGCCUGACAAAUAUCCCAGCAAGAAGGCCUGCACCUGGUCUCUGUCUACAACCCCGGGCCAUCGAAUCAAACUCAUUUUUAAUGAGGUUGAUAUGGAGGCUCAUCUGGAGUGUGCUUAUGAUCAUCUGGAGAUCUACGAUGGGAGAGACAAUCGCGCUCCGAGUCUGGGACGCUUUUGUGGUGCCAAAAAGCCUUCUCCGGUCGUCUCCAGUGCCAACAAAAUGUUCCUGCGUUUUUUCUCAGACAACUCGGUGCAGAAGAGAGGGUUUGAGGCUUCAUACAGAGCAGAAUGUGGAGGAAGCCUUAAAGCCGAGGUCAAGACAAAAGAUUUGUACUCUCAUGCCCAGUUUGGAGAUAACAACUACCCUGGAGGCUCUGACUGUUUGUGGGUGGUAACUGCUGAGAAGGGUUACGGCGUCGAGAUCAUCUUCCAAGUGUUUGAAAUCGAAGAGGAGGCCGACUGUGGGUACGAUUAUGUGGAGUUGUAUGACGGCGCCGACACCAAGUCUCCGAGGCUGGGACGAUACUGCGGCUCUGGGGCCCCAGAGGAUGUGUACUCAGCUGGAGACUCCGUUGUUCUAAAAUUUCACUCGGAUGACAGCAUCAAUAAAAAAGGCUUUCAUGUACGCUACACAAGCACAAAGUUCCAGGACACGUUACACGCAAGCAAGUGACUUUCCAAACCUUCCCCGAGCCUAAAUGGAGACUUCACCCCUAACAUUUGGUCGGUCACACCCAUUUCCUGGCGAGGAGUGAAUGCAUGGGUUGAUACCACAAACAACAGCCCACACGCUUUACAUUGACAUCUGUUAGACGGAGUGAAGCCAUGCAGAGAAAUUACAUCUUCACUCUUCAUCAUGAUAUAGCUGAAUAGCAUAAAAGUUUGAAUUAUUUGAUACACAUGUGCAAUCACACCACUUGUAAUGAGCUCAUUAC